AUGAAAGCAUCCGUGUGUGGGGCCAUCGCUGCACCCGGCGUGGCUACUUUCAAAGAAUUGCCAUCCUCGCAUGUCCUAUACGUCAGAUCUGCUGCGCUGCUCUGGAUCGUGUACCUUUUCGUACUUGCCAGCUCAGUGUCCGCCGAUGGAGCAAAUACGUGUAGUGAGCCUAGCUCUGUGGUAUCCGUUACAGCCAACAACCCCGCAGGGAUUUCUAUCACGUGUGGUGGCAAGGUCGGAAGUCUGUAUCCUCCACGAACGCCGGAAGGUCCUUCGCUAGUGUGCAAGACGUCAGCCUGCGAUGCAACCGCCGAGCUGGCGGUCCCUGGGGCCAAAUGGGAACCUAACGCAAACACAGGCACUUUCACACCGCCAGCCAAACCUGAGGAGGCGGCUACAGUAUAUGUUCAGUGUUCGGCAUCCGACCCGGCUCAUGAGGGCAGCCGAUCGCAGGCUACCCGCCAAGCUAUAAACGUCCAGCCUGAUCAAGCACCCUGCAAGGUCCAGAUCGCUGUGUGGGGCCCACCGAUGAAAGACGCCGACUACCCAGUCCCGAGCGAAUGCGGCACCAACAUGGGCGAGAAGGCUCUCGAGAUCACGUCGCCUAACACCUCCGUCACGUUCACAUGCAAAAGUGGUGAAAGCCUGAGUCCCUCACUCUUCGAUCAGGGUCUUCAGGGUGAGGGCUGCAGCGACGAGGCCCCCCUCGACAGCAUUGUUCCCGGUGCAUCUCUGGUGCAACACGCCACUUCAGCACGCGCAGCCACUGCAGCCUACACUCUCAGAGUUGCAGACCUUCCAGAGACCGCGAAGACGCUAUGCUACCAGUGCAAGAGCAGUGACCCCCAGCGAGCGGGAAAAGAGCCUUGCAAGGUUCUGAUCAGCAUUGCUCAGGCAAAAACUGACAACGGAUUGACAAGUCCGCCACCCCCCAGCGAGACGACUACCACAGCUCCAUGUACUUCUGGAGCCGGAGGGACCGUCGUUUCAUGCACAUAUUUCACUGCUUUGUUGGUUUUGGCCUUGAUUUCCAAAACUGAGUAG